GAAAACAGAGCAUGAAAAUGUAUAAUACCUUUUUAUUCCGAAUGCAACUCUGUUGAAGCGGCAUUUUACAAUACAUACAUUACAAAACCUAGCAAAAGUACAGUGGAUCGUAUAAUAUUAAAUAAAUUAGUUACCAUCCGAGAAAUAUAUUUAAAAUUACUGGAAUUAAAAAAUGUCUGAUAGCGAGCAAAAUGUACCAGAAGGCUGGGAAGUACGCACGUCUCGUUCUACAGGUUUGAAGUACUAUUUAAACAUAUACACAAAGGAAUCACAGUGGGAUUUACCAACGGCUAAAGCUAACGAACCAAAUAAAAAAGACAGUCCUAGUCAGGUACGGUGCUCACAUCUACUCGUAAAGCACAAAGGUAGUCGCAGGCCCAGUUCUUGGCGUGAAGAAAACAUAACACGCAGUAAAGAAGAAGCACGUGCUAUUUUGGAAGACUAUCGUCAAAAGAUAGAGGAUGGCGAAGCCAGUUUAGAAGAAUUGGCUCAACAAUAUUCCGAUUGUAGUUCUGCUAAAAGGGGUGGAGACUUAGGAAUGUUCGGCAAAGGACAAAUGCAAAAACCGUUUGAAGAAGCUGCAUUUAAUCUUAAAGUUGGAAAAAUGUCUAAAAUUGUGGAUACGGAUUCUGGCUUGCAUAUCAUACUUCGAACUGCAUAAAUAUUUAUAAAGAAAUCUGAGUGAUUGCAUUAAUAUACAAGUUGUUUUCUUUUUUUAUUUGCAAAGUUAUUUAAAUUUAUAUUUUCUGCAUUUUUAAAUAAAAUUAAUCUGAAUUUAAUUUUUUUAAA